GUGAAGUGGCUCUGGUCAACACAGGAAGAGACUAAAGGCGGCAGCAGCAGCAGAAUCAUCAGAUAUCUCAAUGUAACACGUUGAGGUUUAAGUCAAGCAGGAUGUUUCCCUGUCCCGAUUAUGGAUGUCAUUCGUUAUUGCCGAUUAAAAUCACCUGCCUGGGCUGUUCUCAUAUCACUGCUUGGUGCAUCAGCUUUGAAACCGCUCCCAGCUGUGGAUUUUUGCUCACCAAACCCGUGCCAAAACCAAGCCUUGUGCCAAAUCCGUGGGGAUGGCUACGCAUGCUUCUGCGUGCCGGGCUUCCAAGGUGCUCAUUGUCAGAUUGAUGUCAAUGAAUGUGCUUCUCAGCCGUGCAUGAACGGAGCCACCUGUGUGGACAGAGUUGGCCGCUACUCCUGUCUAUGUCCAUCUGGGUUCACUGGGGCCACUUGUGAGGUCCCGAUUGAUGAGUGUCAAUCACAGCCGUGUCUCAAUGCCGGCAGUUGCCACGGCGAUGCUGGUGGCUUCAUUUGCACCUGUCCACCCGGUUACCAAGGACACCGGUGUGAAAUCAACAUAGAUGAGUGCCAGGACGAGCCAUGCCAAAACGGAGCUCUGUGCAUAGACGGUGUGGACCAAUACAGCUGUGACUGCUCACACACUGCCUUCACUGGCAAACACUGCGAGGGCCCAAAGCCACAGUGCGACUCUGAACCCUGCUUCAACAGCGCCAUCUGUAAGGACAGUCAGGGUAAUUACAUCUGUGAAUGCUGGCCAGGUUCCCUCUGCCAAGAGGUCAUAGACCACUGUGAUCCUAGCCCCUGUCACAAUGGGGGGAGGUGUGAGCAGCAUGAUGGGGGCUACAUCUGUCACUGCGUCAAAAAACGUAGCGACGGUUAUCUUUAUGGAGGUGCAAACUGUGAUGUGAGGUUGGUGGGCUGUAACGGCCAUGAGUGCCAGAACCAGGGCUCCUGCUCUCCCUUCCUAUUGGAUGAGACUCACGGCUACACCUGUUCUUGCUCACCUGGAUACACUGGACCCCUGUGCAAGAACCCAACCACAUUCUCCUUUGAACGCAGUGGCUACCUGCUGCUACAGAGCCCCCUUGUGGAUACAGAGGUCUCAUCCAACAUCACCCUCAGCUUCAAGACAGCUCUGUCCAGUGCAAUGUUGUUCCAGCAAGGCAUCAGGGGGCUGCUGCUAAGCCUGGAGCUGCAAGAGGGGAGGCUUCAUCUCAUCCUGAGGAAGGAAGCUUCUAACGGGGUCCAAGCAGAAGGUCGAAUCGGGGCUUUGGAGCUGUCACACAGAGUCACAGACGGAAAGUGGCACACUGUUGAGGCAGUACUCACAAACUGGGUACUGAGUCUCAGACUCUUGGAGGACGUUGCAAAAUGUGAGAGCCAGUCAUGUUACAAGGCGGCCCCAGUCCAGAGCACCAUGGCUGGCCUGGUGUCACCUCCUCAGAACACCUUCAUUGGAGGAGUACUCAAGGACUCACAAAGCACCGUCGAGUACUCCACACUUCCAGCAUUCAUUGGCUGCAUGCGGGAUGUUUUUGUGAACUGGCAACUGAUUGUCCCCGAGGAGUGGCUGAGUGACUCUGCUGUGAAUGUGUCCCCUGGUUGCAGCCAUCGGGACCGAUGCUUGGAUGUGCCUUGCCAAAACAAAGGGCAGUGUGUCAACUUGUGGCAGAGCUACCAGUGCCAGUGUCCAAGGCCUUACGAGGGGCAGGACUGUGAAGAGGAACAUGUGACCGCACGUUUUGGGGAUGAAGACUCUCUCAGCUAUGCCGCCUUCACUGUCACGGAUGACCCGGGUCACAACCUCUCAAUCUCUCUCUUCCUGCGCACACGGAGGCCCAACGGCCUCCUGCUGGCCGUGGCCAACAGCAGCAACAGCCAGUACCUGCACGUGUGGCUGGAGGACGGCGUGGUCACGGCUCAGCUCGGUGACUUCGAGAGCCUGAAAGGAGAGAGCGUGGUCAAUGACGGGGAAGUCCACUACGUGAACUUCGAGGUGGCGAUAGGGCGAAUGACUGUGCACGUGGCGGCUGACCUUCAAGCUGAGGCGGGGGUCAUUACAGUCGGCGUUCAGGCAGGAGACACUGUCUAUGUUGGAGGUCUGCUGGAGAGCGACGCUACAGCAGUGUUCGGUGGAUAUUUUAAAGGAUGCAUCCAAGACCUGAGGAUAAACGACAGGAGGUUGCAGUUUUUUGGUUUGGAUACAUCGGUGAGAACAUUCCCUCUGCAACAUAUGGAGAAUGUGACUGCUGGCUGCACAGGGGACAAUACCUGCAGUAUGAACCAUUGUUUAAACGGAGGGAUGUGUUACUCCCUGUGGGACGACUUCAACUGCACCUGCCCACCCAGCACAGCAGGGCGGCGCUGUGAAGAGGUCAGGUGGUGCGACUUGUCUCCAUGCCCGACAUUGGCUGAGUGCAAGAUGCUGAACCAAGGAUAUGAAUGUUACUCCAAUGCCUCUUUCCUGAAUGACAGCACAAUGCUGGUCUAUCGAGGAAAUGGUGACAUUUCCCGCAACAUUACUAACCUCUCUGUAAACCUGCGCACGCGGAAACGCAACGCCGCGAUCCUCCAUGCGGAGAAGGACUCUGCCUUUGUCACCCUCUCUGUCCAGGACGGCUUCCUCUUCAUGGAGCUUCAGAGUGCCACCAGAGCUAGCAAAGAGGAGGAGGAUGACAUGACAGGAGCGUCCACAGUCAGUCUCAGCAGCGUGAGGACUGUCAGUGAUGGCGGAUGGCACAGUGUCCACUUGUUCAUGACAGCACCGUGGGCUCACAUGUCUCAGUGGUCCUUGGUGCUGGAUGAUGAAGUAGAUGAAGCCAGCACCUCCACAGGUCUAGGGGGAAACCUGGACUUCCUCAGGCACGGAGUGGACAUCUUCCUGGGAGGUUUGGCUCCUGACACAGGGUGGUCACUAGCUGGGUGCCUGGGGACAGUGGAGCUGGGCGGCAUUGCCCUGCCUUAUUACAGCUCCUCUCAGGUGAACCUACCACGCUUGCAGGAGCACCAGUUCAUCCAGACAUCACUCAGGCCUGCGCUGGUGGGCUGCAGCGGGGCGUCCGUGUGUACUCCCAACCCGUGUCUCAAUGAAGGGCAGUGCCAGGACUUGUUCAACGCGUUCAACUGCAGUUGUGCUGAGAGCUGGGCAGGGAGGUACUGUAGCUUCUUCACUGACACGUGCGCCUCCAGUCCUUGUGUGCACGGCAACUGCAGCGUCAAUGGGCACACCUACCAGUGCACCUGCGAGCUGGGAUACACAGGAGUGGACUGCGAGCAGGAGGUGGACAUGUGUGAAAACCACUUGUGUGAACACGGGGGGACCUGCCUGCAUGGACCUGACAGGUAUGCCUGUCUGUGCCCGGAGAACUACACUGGACCUCUCUGCAAUGAACGGGUUGAAGAAAUUCCUUGGUACAUUGUUGUCAGAAAAGUGCGGCCCAAGCUUCCUGUGUCUGUAUGUGGAGAUGAUGUGAAGAACUACACCUGCUUCAACGGAGGGAACUGCACGGAGCGUGAGCUGUCAUGUGACUGCCCGCCUGGCUUCACUGGACACAGGUGUGAACAGGAGGUGGACGAGUGCAAGUCCAACCCUUGUCUGAACGGAGGCUACUGCCGCAACCUGGUCAACAAGUUCCUGUGCGUGUGCGACAUGAGCUACGCCGGCGACAUAUGCCAGACGGAUAUAAAGCGUGCUCCAUACGGCUCACGUGUGGCGGCCGUGCUGGUGCCAUGUCUGGUUGGCCUGGCGAUAGCGUUGACGCUCGCUGUGGCUGCGACGUUGGCCAAACUGCGAGAGAGGCGGCAGACGGGGGGAGGUUUGAGUCCGAGGCGACUCGAGGCUUCUGUGGGUUGCAGCCCACCCGUCGAGUUGUCCAUCAGCACUUUGGCGGCACGUGUGGAGCGCCUGGUGUAGCCAAAAGGAGGGGGAGGUGUGUGUGUGUGUGUGUGUGUGUGUAAGUGUGUGUGUCAGUGGAAAACAAAACACAACACAUUGAUUUGCAAGCAUGCUCCUCAAUCAAUCAAUCAAAGUGUAUUUGUACAGCCAUUAAUCACUAGUGCCUCAAAGGGCUUCACAAACCACAACAACAUCCUCUGAUCUGAAACCACAUCCGGGCGAGAAAAAACUCCAAAAGCCCAAAAUGGGACAAAGAAGAAACCUUGUAAAGGAUGUGGGAACUCACCUUCUGGGUAACACCCUGCAGUGGAGAGCAAGUGGGUACAGGUAUUCAAUUAUUACAUUCAUGAUAACGUGAGAGUCCAGUCCAUCGGGAAGCUAGCAGAGGGUCGUAGGAGGUCUUCUCCCAUGUCAUAGAGGAGUGGUCUUGACGUUGAACAGCUAGGGCCUCCUCCAGAAUGGUACCUCUCUAGAGAUUAUCCCUGGUCACCUGGUAACCUCUCCAUGCAGGAGAGGGGGGCAUAGCAGAAAAGAGAAGUGGCAGGUCAACUGGUCUAAACAGGGGUCUAUUUAAAGGCUAGCAUAUAUAAAUUAGUUUUAAAGUGGGCCUUAAAUGCUUCUACUGAGGUAGCAUCUGUAAUUGUUACCGGUAGGCAUUCCAGAGUACUGGAGCCCGAGUAGAAAACGCUCUAUAGACUUGUUUUGGGCUCUGGGAAUAGUUAAUAAGUUGGAGUUCUUGGAAUGCAGAUUUCUGGACGGAACAAAUAGUACAAUACAAUAAGCUAGAGCGUUUAGUAUUUUGUACGUUACUAGUAAAACCUUAAAGUCGCGUCUUAAGUGCACAGGAAGCCAGUGCAGGUGAGCCAGUACAGGCGUAAUAUGAUCAAACUUUCUUGUUCUUGCCAAAAGUCUUGCAGUUGCAUUUUGUACCAACUGUAAUCUUUUAAUGCUAGACAUAGGGAGGCCCGAAAAAAAUUUUUUUACAGUCGGGACGAGACGUAACGAACGCAUGAAUAAUGAUCUCAGCGUCGCUGGUUGACACAAUUGGACGCAUUUUAGCGAUAUUACAGAGUUGAAAGAAGGCCGUUUUAGUAACACUCUUAAUGUGUGACUCAAAUGAGAGAGUUGAGUCAAAGAUAAUACCCAGAUUCCUUACCGAGUUGCUUUGUGUAAUUGUUUUGUUGUCAAAUGUUAAGGUAGUUUUAUUAAAUAGGUGUCGGUGUCUAGCAGGACCGAUAAUCAACAUUUAGUGUGUGUGUGACUAUCAGUGGUACUUUAACUUUUUAACUUCAAACGAGACUAAUCCGCUAUACAUCUUAUCAUUGCUUCUCGCAGGCAGGGGGCCAGAGACAAGUACUCGAUGCCGAGCCAUUUUUCUGGCGAGAUUACAAGUCCUAGCUAUGUUCCUCUUUGUAAUAUCUGAUUGUCUCAUCCUAGAGUCAUUGGAGCCGUGGUGCACAACUAUGUUCGAGUAGCUAGUGGUGCGAUUAGCCUGUCGUACGUGUUUAGGCCUCUUGCGAGUCAGACUAGCUACAUUGUCGGGUGCUUUAUUAUGGUUGGUUUACUAAGCUGUAUGUUCCGGGUGAUGGAGUCCCCUAUAAUUAAGGUGUGGUGUACGGUAAACUGCAGUGUGGGACUAGCUAAUAGGCUAAAACUGUUAUGCGUCAUAACUGGCUCACCAUAGUUUGAAGGCUGCUACAGACUGGGCUAGUUAGCAGACUACAGCUAACGCUAGAAAGCGUGUCCACGUCAUCUUAAAGUUACAAAGCUACUCUGCUCCACAACCUAUCCAUGCAUGAAGAACAGAAAGCCAUACUCACGUUUUUUUCCUUCCCCCAGUCGAGUUCUUGCUGUCUUUAGAGCGGGGUGCCUCGGACCGGGGCUAGCUUAGGGCUAAAGAAGGCAAAAAAGCCUUUAGAAGCACACAAAUGGAGAGAUAGCACUUAGCUUUGAUGACGAAGGAGCACUACCGAAGAAACAUGCUAACUAGCGUGCAUCUUUUUCUAGCUGACCGCUGAAGACGCGACCUCUGACCUGCUGCUGGCCGUCACUCUGGUGUCCGUGGUCCUCCUCCUGGUCCUCAUCCUGACUUCAGCCGCACUGGUGGUCACGCUGAACCGGCGGGCCACACGCGGCACUUACAGUCCAAGCCGGCAGGAGAAGGACGGAUCCCGUGUGGAGAUGUGGAGCAUCACGCAGACGCCGCCGGUGGAGAGACUCAUCUGAUGCUGCACGUAUGCUCGAUCGCUCACUAAAUGCACAU